AGUUGUCAUUGUAGUCGCUCUAGCCUAUAAGCCUUUCCCACCUGCGAAUACGAACUCCUUCUUUUGUAUCUCCCUUUCCUUUUCCCACAAAUACAAAGAAUUGUUCUGUUGCUUCUUCCUUUUUUUCUCAGUCUUUCUAUCUAAAAACAAGUCCAAAAUUUAGGGCAAGAAGAAGAAGCAAAUAAAAAUGUACAAGUCCAGAUUACAGGAGUAUUGCCAAUCAAAGUUAUGGAAAUUACCCGAAUAUUCCACUACAAGAGAAGGCCUUGACCACUCCCCUUUCUUUAAAGCCACUGUUAUUGUAAAUGGCUUCACAUUUUCAACAACCCAUUUCGUUAAAUCUUCUAAAGAAGCUCAGAAUUUGGUUGCUCAGAUUGCAUUUCACCAUUUCACUGGGUCUUCUAAUACAAGCACUGAUUUAAAAGUUUUGCCAACUGUCACGGAUGCCCAGCAACCCAAAACGUUAGAACCUUUGCAAGCUGAUCCUAGCAAUGGAGUGAAUUCCCCAAAUAGGAAUGAUAAGAAAUUUCAAGGGUCUUCUAAUACAAGCACUAAUUUAGAAGUUUUGUCAACUGUCACGGAUUCCCGGCAACCCAAAACAUUAGAACCUAUGCAAGCUGAUCCCAGGAUUGGAGUGAAUUCCCCAAAUAGGAAUGAUAAGAAAUUUAAAGAUAUGGCUCAUCUCUACAAGAACCAACUGCAAAUAUAUGCCCAAAAGAGAAAUCUAAAUCUCCCAGUGUACAUCUCUGAGCGGGAGGGACCUCCUCAUGCCUGUCAUUUUAAAUCUAAGGUUAUACUGGAAGGGAAGACAUAUGAAAGUUCUGAACAUUUUAGCACCAUAAAAGAUGCUGAAAAUGCUGCUGCGAAAGCUGCUCUAAUGUCAGUAUCAUCGUCAGAUGGAACUGAAGAGGAAGAUCCAGGUUUCUUCAAAAAUCUUCUACAAGAAUUAGCUCAAAAAGAUUAUUCUUGUUUACCUGCAUAUACUACAACUCGAUCUGGCCCUUCUCAUAACCCGAUUUUUGUUUCAAUCGUUGAAAUAAGUGGGGAGUCUUUUACUGGACAAGAAGCAAAGACCAAAAAGUCGUCGGAGAUGAAUGCAGCGAAGGUUGCCUAUAUUGCUCUGAGAGAACGUAAAUGUAAACAGAACGCUGAACCUGAUUCAUCAGGAUACCAUGUCAAUGACGCACCUCAUUGUUCAUUUCCCAAGCAGCAGUUAAUUCCCGUUGCUGAGUUGCCGAAUAGACACAAUUUUUUGCCAACUUCUGCUUCAGAAAGAGAUUUCACAGAACGAGUUACAUGCAAAGGUGCAUAUCAUCAGGACACUGAAGCUGAACACACUGAAGUGAAACCUGAAGCCUUGCCCAUUAAAGGGGACUCAACGUACUCAUCCUUUGAUCCUUUUCAACCACCUUCUAAAUCAGGAGUCAAUGACAUUAGUCAGCCAUCUGCCAGUUCUAAUGCCUCAUCGCCGCACAAAAAGAUUAAAGUUUACCCUUGGACAUCCAACAUGACUUUACCUGCAGGAGCCACUACAUUACAUAACGAUGAGAAUUGGGUUGCUGUGACAAUGUAUGAACAAUAAUUUCCCACUCCCUUCCCCUGUUUUAGGGAGAAAGAUGAAGUGAUGUCAUACUAGCUCCAUCAAUGGAGUUUUCUCAUACUAAAAGCUCCUGCUCGUAUGAAGGAGUAGACUUCAUGCCAUUUCCCCUGUAUGUAUAAGAAAUGUAUUGCGCGUCUUCCAGUAAAUUAUGAGGAGUAUAGUCAUGGGAACGUAUGUGUUAGUAUCUACUUCUUCUCCAGUUUGUCUGCAUGAAGUGAAUGGAACAUUGUAGAUCCUGUUCUUAUAUCUGCUUUCUUGUUUUGAUGGUUGUUAAUUGGUAGCUCACGUGUAGUUUGUCCCAUAUGGGAGGAUAAUUGACAAGUCUGGUUGGCUACUAUAUAUGCCAAUUGGUUUGAGACUUUGGAUGCUUAGCAUGGAUCCUCGUACAUGGUGGAUAACCAAAUUCUAUUGAAAUAAAAACUUUAGAACAAAUUGAUGUAA